AUGCGAUCCAACCAGGCUCUGAACAUUGAUCAAGACAAAAAAGUGGACGUACACAAAGAAGGGGGUACUCAGACUGAUCCGACGACCUCAUCCAACCGCACUGUCGAAGAAAAGCGAACGACCGAGCUUUUCCGCCGAUUUCCAGCAAGAAAUGAGAUGGAGCUGACUCCUCCUACUCCAGCGGCUAAACCGACCACUCCUAGUCGAGUCGACAAGCCACCACUAUCUAUAAGAGAGUUUGGAGUUUCAUUGACGCCUAAAAAGGGCUAUUGCGACAUCGAAACAACGUUCGACAGUGCUGGUCCUUCAAGCAAGAGUGUCAGCUCGUCCAACCACAUCAAGUACAGUGAGCUAGAGAAAGGACCAGAUGUUCGUAGACCCAUCCCUCCCACACCAAUCAAGUACGUCUCAGUAGAGCGAAGCAGCGUGGAAAGACUUCGGGAGCUUGCAGGGCGACCAAGUACCUCCAUAGAUGAACGCGUCCCGUUGCACACACAAUGUGAUGACCGUCCAAGAACGUCAAGCAGUAACGAUUCGUUUGAUGUACUACGACUUGCGAAAGCUGGAAUAGCCAUUAACACUUUCGGCGACCGCUCAAAACAACGGUUUGUUCUCAUCUCGAUAACAAAUCUGACGUUCCUGCCUCAGUCAAAGACUGGUGCAUCAGAAGUGUUCGAGCGACCAGAUUCCAUGACGCUUGAGACCUCGUCCGUGGUCUCGCCGAUACCACGUAAACCUGCCCAAUCUCUGCAGCAAAUGGUGCAUCGGAAGUUGCUCAACGUUAUGCCGGACGAGGUAGAUCGGUCCGUGGGCUCGUCAACUAUGAUCGAGAACGAGACCAUGCCAGAUGGUACGGAUUCCUAUGUCAGAGACGCAGAGAUUCGGUUGAAUUUGUUUAUGAAUGACACUGUCAAAGACGAAACUACGGUUUGA